AUGUGCAUCCUUGAGCUUAAAAAGUUUCUCAGCUUUACUUAUCGUAAUUCAAACAGUCUUGCAAGCUUUGAUGUAAGUAAGGACUUUGUGUUUAUCAUAACGCAGACUCAUAUUCAUCAGUACUGUUUUAGAAGUCCUAUUCCCCUCGCUUGUAGGUUGACAUUCGUGCCGGUAUUUGGCUGUUUUUACAAAGACAGAUAUUUCCUUGCUUCUAAAGCAGAGUUGUACUAUUUUAAAUACAGUCUACACAGCUUGUAUAAAAUUAAUGCGCUUGCACAUACUUUCUUCUACAAGAAUAACCUUAUCACAGUUGAUGAUAGAGUCUUGAUCUACAAAAUCUGUGAAAAUGGCAAUGAUAAAUGUCUAUCGUUAGAAAAUCCAUCUUUAUUAACUCAAUCUAUAAAUUCGCAAGGCAAAGAAACGACCGAUUUCGAUAUUGAAUUUUACAAGGAGUGCAGUAUUCUUAACAGCAGCAAUGGAAUGGUCGGCAUCCCGUCAGAUUCAAACGGACUGUGUUCAGCCCAUUGUAUUUUUGAAGAUAAAAUAUUUCUCGGAUUUGAAAAUGGGAUCGUAGGCGCCGUCGACGGUGAAAGUCUGACCAGCCGAGCGUGUGGAACUAGGCUAAGACUAAAUGUUGUAGAAUAUUUCAAAGAUCCGGUACUCACAAUUUGUGUCGAUGAUCGCUUCAUGUUUAUACAUACUCUCUCUUAUGUUUUUAGGAUACAAAGUAACAAUGAAAGUAUGGCAUGCGAAAAGAAAAUAUUCACAGAGAUUAAAGCAAGAAAAAUGCUCAAGUAUAAAGAAAUUCUUGUCCUUGUCCAGGAUAAAAGACUGUUGUUUGUAGAUUUGGAUCUAAAAAUAUCAAAGGCCUACCUGUCUCUGUUUGAUAUUAGGGAUGCUAAGAUUGUGGACGAUUCAUUGUUCGUCGGCUGCACAAAUGGACUGUUGUGUGAGUAUAAUGUACGAGAGAUACACAGUAAAUAA